UGUUGACAAAACCUGGUAUGUAGUCACACGCAUGCUGAUUGCGCCAAAAGGUGUUUAAUACAUGGUCGAGCACGUGUGCCAAAUGUAAUCGCAGCGACCUGAGUGGAAACCAUGGGCAGAUUUUGGAACGAGCUGUUAAUGGUCCUGAUGCUGGCGGAUGUUUUGGUCAUGGCGUUGGCGCGCAAAGAAGCCAAAGCGCGGAGGCGCAAAGUGGAGGACCAGCAGGACGCGCAGCCGCAGCGCAACGCCACUUCUUUCCAGAUUCCCCUCGACCCCAUACUGACCGGGGACCACACAGCCGAAACUGGAGAACACGAGGUGGACUUCGAUAAGGCCAUAGAUGACAUGGUGUCCCAGGUGAGGAACAACCCGGCUUUGUCCAAAAGCAAAUGCGUGGUGGACCGCCACCUGUGGAUGUCCAACAGUCGGAGCCUCUCCCCGUGGUCAUACAGGAUCAAUCACGAUGAGAACCGCAGGCCUGUCGACAUCCCGGAGGCCAAGUGCGCAUGCGCGGGCUGCAUUAACCCGUUCACCAUGCAGGAGGACCGCUCCAUGACGAGCGUGCUCAUCUACGCCAAGAUCCCGGUGCGGCGGCUGCAGUGUCCCCGCAAGAAGAAGAAGAAGUGCGUGCCGCGUUACCGCACCGUGGUGGAGAGCAUCGCCGUGGGCUGCACGUGCAUAGCAGGCUGACCAAUGCAAGCUCAUGAACUCGCCAUCUGGUCACGUGUUUUUAUAGUUUUUUUUACUGCUGUUCCUAUACACGUCCAGAGUCAAGUUGCAGAACCUGACCUAAAGAGAAACACAGACCAACUACGCUAACUAUUUUGUCACAACUGAGUAUUGUUUUUUCUUCUUCUUUAUAUUAGCCUUGUUAUUAUUAACCAUCUAGUAUGCAGCAUGUAGCAACUUGUUAUACAGUUAAACCAAUUUUUUCAUUCUUCAUUUUAAACAGUGACUUACUGAUGUAACAUAAAAUUUACUCUCUCUUUUUUUUCUAUUGGUUUCUCUUUAGGCCACAAGGCAAAAUACAACUGUAUUGUGUUCUAUUUCUUCUCUUGUUGAAUGCAUAGAUAAAGGUUUGUUUAUUUUUUUUAAA